AAUCCCCUCACCGUCCCCUCCACAUAUCAGGUCAACACCAUGGCGCCGUUGGUUCCUUCGCAGGCGGAGCUCGAUCGCAGACGGAUCGUCGACAUCAACCCUGAAACGGUCUCCAAUAUCCCCUCUACAGACUUCCCAGGUCACUGGCCCGGUGAGUCGCACGAGUGGUCCUUGGACAAGUUCAGAGAAGGCUUCAACGUCGAUUUCCACAACAAUGAGCAGUUCGAAUCCUCUUUUUCCCUCGUCGGACUCGACGCUUCGAUCGCCAAUGCCUUCCGUCGCAUUUUGAUGGCUGAAGUCCCGUCCGUCGCCAUUGAAUAUGUUUUCGUUCACAACAACACCUCCGUGAUUCAAGAUGAGGUCCUCGCCUCGCGACUGGGUCUGAUUCCCUUCAAGGGUUCCGUUGAAGGCAUCAACUGGAUGCGCUGGUUCAAGAAGCCCACCGACGAUGAUCCCGAGAGCGGCAGCACGCCCAGUGAUUACAACACUAUUGUGUUGCGCCUGGAUAUCGAGUGCACCAAGAACCCCAACGCUGCGCCCAACGAGGAUGAUCCCCGCAAACUGUACAAGAACGCCCACAUCUACGCCAAAGACAUCACGUUCCACCCCGUCGGUCGUCAGGAGCAGUUCUUCAUCGGCGAGGACGCCAUCCAACCGGUCAACCCCGAUAUCCUCGUCGCCAAACUGCGCCCCGGUCAGAAAAUCGAUAUGGAAUUGCACUGCGUCAAGGGCAUUGGCGCCGACCACGCUAAAUUCUCGCCCGUCGCGACCGCCACCUACCGUCUGAUGCCUGAUAUCCAAAUCCUGCGCCCGAUCAUCGGCGACGACGCCAAGAAAUUCGCCAAGUGCUUCCCCCACGGCGUCAUCGGCCUCGAGCCUGUAACCCGGCAGGAGGCAGCGAAGAAGGGCAGCGGAUACGAAGGCCACGAAGGCGAGACGAAGGCUGUUGUCCGCGACCCGUUCAACGACACCGUCAGCAGAGAGUGUCUCCGGCACGAGGAGUUCCAGGGCAAGGUGAAGCUCGGCCGCGUUCGUGACCACUUCAUCUUCAACGUCGAGAGCACCGGCCAGUUCGACAGCGACACCUUGUUCCUGGAGAGCGUGAAGGUCCUGAAGCUCAAGUGCGCCCGGUGGAAGCGCGGUCUGAUGGACCUGACCCGGUGAACUUUUGUUUUUCGCACGAACUGCUCCGAAGCUACUUAAUGCAUUUGCUGGCGUUGGAUUGCGUUGCCUUGCUUUCUUAAUGUUGUACAUUUACGAAAAAGUUGGUUAGAACCUACACUGCCAGAGUUUAAUCCACGGCAGAUCUAUAUGUUAUAGAAAAAAAAGCAGAC